AUUCCUUCUCUCGUCUGUAACUUUCGUCUUCAUUUAAAGCUGCUACGAACGUCAAGCCUGGGACCUCCAAAAUCCGAAACAUUCCCGUUUUCUUACAUUUCUCCGAUAUAUCGCCCGCCUUUUUUCUCGGCGGAGAUUUCUUUUCUUUGCUUUUCUUCUUUCUCUGUUCUAGAUAGUAAUUGGCAAAGUUAAAGGGAUUCUACUGUUCAGGAUUCUUGUGUGGCAUUUGAAGAGAAAAUUGAUUGUAUGAAGAUUUAGAGGAAUUUUAUAUAUGCUGUGCUUCAGUCAGUAAGAAAGGAAAGAGUAAUCAAGCUGAUUCAGUAGACACUGAAGAGAAACAGAGAAAGAGAAGGAACAUCAAGAGAAAACAGGAGGGGAUUUUGGGGGGUGGUGUUGCCUACGGGGUAGAAAAGUAAAAGACAAAAAAGGAAAGAUAUAAAAGGAGGAGUAGAAGAAGAAGAAGAAAAUGUUUACAUGCAUAGCGUGCACAAAACCGGUGGCAGAAGACGGAGAAGACGGAGCGCGUGGGAGUGGAACGCCAAGUACAAAAGAAGCCGUCAAAAGCCUGACGGCGCAGAUCAAGGACAUGGCAUUGAAAUUUUCUGGUCGUCAAUGCAAGCCCUGCACAGGCUCCAGCAGUUUCAAGAAAGGACAGAGACCUUACCCUGACUUUGAUAUGGCUUCUGAAGGGGUUCCAUACCCGUAUUUAGGAGGUGGAAGCUCAAGCUCAACACCAGCAUGGGAUUUUACAAGUACUGGUCACCAUCGGGGCACGAGAGGUGACUCGAGAUUUAGUGGAAUGUUUAGUGGUGAUCAGACUCCUGGGAGAGCAGAGUCUAUCUCAGCACAGUCUUGUGAUGUGGUGCUAGAGGAUGAGGAUGAACCCAAGGAGUGGAUGGCACAGGUGGAGCCUGGAGUUCAUAUUACUUUUGUGUCUCUUCCUAAUGGGGGAAAUGAUCUAAAGCGUAUUCGCUUCAGUCGAGAGAUGUUCAACAAGUGGCAAGCGCAGCGAUGGUGGGGUGAGAAUUUUGACAGGAUCAUGGAGCUUUACAAUGUCCAGAGAUUUAAUCGUCAAGCUCUUCAUACUCCUCCGAGGUCUGAGGAUGAGCAGAGGGAUUCUUCAUACUCGAGGAUGGGAUCUGCAAGGGAAAGCCCCAUGGCUCCAUCAUAUACACCAAGAAGUCACUAUAAACCAUCUGGAAGUAAAGGGUAUUUCCCAUCUGAUGCUAUGGAGCAAGUUGGCACACAACAUUACCACGCUGGUUCAAGCGGUUACGGCAUAGGCGGCCCAAAAGCCGAGGCAUCUUCUAUGGAAGCAUCACGGACAACCACAUCCUCCAGAGAUGAACCUUCUAUUUCUGUUAGUAAUGCUAGUGAGAUAGAGUCAGAAUGGAUUGAAGAAGAUGAGCCUGGAGUUUACAUUACUAUCAGACAAUUAGCUGAUGGGACUAGAGAGCUCCGGCGAGUCAGAUUCAGCCGAGAAAAGUUUGGGGAAGUGCAUGCAAAGCUGUGGUGGGAAGAGAACAGAGACAGAAUACAAAAUCAAUACCUAUAAAACUACAACUUCAUACAGCUUACAAUUUCUAGCAACUGAAAGUGAAUGAAUUCAGGGUGCAGUUGGAUAUCCCUCUACUCCUAGAAAAUUACCCAAAAAAGAAAAUUGAAAAAGGAAAGGAAAAAAGAAUUCUGUUUAUUCAGUUUUGUUUCAUAUAUGAAGUGUUUGCAGAGAAAUAUUUUCACCAUCAUUUGUGGUGACAAAACUCCACUUUGUAAUGGAAAAUUUCCCUUAGGAUGUCCAAAUGCAUCCAUUUUUGGCCUCUAUUAUUAUUUUUACUUAUAAUUUUAUAGCAAUUUUUAGUGCUUCUCAAAGAUUUAUGAUUAGUCUUUGGGAUUGAUUGGCUCUCAGUUUUACAUAUUCAAAGUUUGUUUUCUGUAACACCCACUUCAUAGAUGAAGGAAUGGAAUUGAGAUUUUUUGUAAU